GGGCAUAACCACUUCAAUUUGGCGGGUGAGUUCGGUUACGGAGGAAGUGAUUAUAAGAUGGGAUUCCUCUCCACUUCGCGCGCUUCUCUCUGUGUAAUUAUAGAGACUCCGGCGUUGGUUGUAUCGGUGGAGGUCCGCUCGCUCCUCCGAUUGUCGAUCCUCGAACCAGUGAGCGCCGCGCCCUGUGAACCCCUGACUCAUUCGAGAUUUGCUGUAGUUAUCUUGGAUUACUAUUCCUUGCAAUAUCAGUGAUCAGGAUGAGUGAAGCAAAGAUAGAUCAAGAAUCAGGUCCUCUGGGCCUGUGGUUGAACAAAACUGAAUCAUUUGUGAACUCCAUCCAUAUGAAGCUGCAAAGGAAGAUUAAUCUUUCAAGUGAAUUAACUCAAAAUAAUAGCUUGGAAGAACAAAAUACAGGAAAUGAUAAGCACAAUGCUGAACCUCGAGCUGAUAAAUUAAGAAUUAUCAAUGUUCCAGUACUGAUGCUGAAGAUUGGUUCAUGGCAGUGUGUAUCGGUGGGUGAAGGUGAUAUAGCAGCCAAGUGUUUCUAUGGUAAAAAGAAAUUUGUGUGGGAGAUGUUAAGAUGUGGAUCUAAGAAAAAAUUCGAGAUCCAAUGGUCUGACAUCUCGGCAAUUAGAGCCCACUUCGCUGACAAGCAACCUGACAUCCUAGAAGUUGAGCUAAAAAAACCACCGCAACUCUUUGAACAAGUUUCUUCUGAUCCAAGAAGGCACCCCAUGUGGCAACCAAUUCCUGAUUUUACUGAAGAUCAAUCUCGCUUAUAUAGGAGACACCAUCUUGAGUUCAGAGAAGGGAGUUUCCGGAAACCUUAUGACAAAUUAUUGCUCGAAAACAAACACUUGUUUAGGUUGAGUCACAAUUUGUUCGAAAACGAUAUGUCUCCACUUUUUCGGGUGGUCCGCAGUGGGAUCCAAUAUUCUAGCACCAUCCCACAGUUGCUACACAUGUUCAACCAACAAACUAAUAACUUGUAUCACUCAUUCACAGACCAUUUUGGUAAUCAGGGAACUACAGAUCUUUCUACUUGGUAUGUUGGCAAUUCUGGAUACAUGGCUCAGUCUUUUGGUGCUAAUUUGCUGACUGGACAACCUGUGCCACCAUUUAGACUCGCUGAUGAGAACAAGCCAACCAAUUUGGGAUGUACCAGUGAAUCUGUUGAUGCUUAUUUGCCAACUGGUUUUCUGCCACCAACUGGACUUGCUGAUGAUAAGUGGCCAAGCUCAGAUAUUGCAUUUCUGGCAGCAGCUGCUGCGGAUCAUUCAAGAGUUGUGAAUCAUAUACCAAAUAUGGAUAACAGAGCCUCAAGUUCAGCCAAUCUAGUGAUUAAUCCUGGCACAUGACUCAAUCUGCAAU